AUGGGCUCGCUCGACUCAGACACCAAGAAGCCAUGGAUCCAAACACCCAACAUCUUCCUUAAGCUUGAGAACCACCAGCCUUCGGGCUCCUUCAAGUCCCGCGGCGUCGGCAACCUCAUGUUCCGCGCCGCCGCCGCAGCCCCCGGCGCAGACGUCCACUUCUACUGCUCCUCCGGCGGCAACGCAGGCCUCGCCUGCGCGACCUCCGCCAUCGCCCUGAACCGCAAAGCCACCAUCGUAGUACCCAUGAUCUCGUCACCGCUGAUGAUCUCCAAGCUGCGCCUCCUAGGAGCCGAGGUCCAUCAAGUCGGCGAGAACUGGCCCCAGGCCGACCGCUACCUGCGCGAAGAGCUGCUCGCCAAGGAUCCCGCCGGUGUCUACGUUCCGCCGUUCGAUCACCAGCACGUGUGGGACGGCGCAUCGACCAUUGUCGACGAACUGGUAUCGCAGCUGCCUGGCAGCGACAUCAAUGCCAUCGUCUGCUCCGUCGGGGGCGGCGGUCUCCUCAACGGACUCGCACAGGGCGUUGAGCCGGAGCGCUGGCAGGGGACGACAGGCCGGGAACCCCGUCUGAUGGCCGUCGAAACGCGGGGAGCCGAUAGUCUGAAUGCGAGCGUGUUGGCUGGUGAGCACGUCACUCUGCCCGGCAUCACUUCAAUCGCCUUUUCUUUGGGCGCCACGAGGGUCUCCCAGAGGACGUGGGAAGUCUCGCAGAAGACGCCUGGUUUCCGGAGUGUGACGGUCAGUGAUGCGGAGGCAGCCAUGGCAACCGUGCGCUUCGUCGACGAUGCGCAGCUUGUGGUUGAGGUUGCUUGCGGCGCGACGAUAGCUUCUGUCUAUAACGGCAUGUUGAGGAAGCAGCUGGGCCCGGGGAUGUCGGAUGAGGAAUGGGCGAAGCAAAACGUUGUGCUCAUUGUCUGUGGCGGUGCGAACAUCACACUUGAGAUGUUGAAUGGGUACCGUGAAAAGUUCGGCGACGCAUUUGAAAGCGCAUGA